AUGGUAGAAUAUAAGGCAUGUAUCUAUGGUAUUGAGGCGGCCAUCGACUUAAGGAUUAAAAUUCUUGAAGUAUAUGGAGAUUCGGCUCUGGAAAUCAGUCAGUUAAAAGGUAACUCUAAGACUUGGGAUAGCAAGUUGAUACCUUAUAAAGUGCAUAUCAGAAAAUUGAUACCCUACUUUGAUGAAAUCUCUUUUCAUCGUAUCCCUAGGGAAGAAAAUCAGUUGCCAGACGCUCCAGCUACAUUGGCAUCCAGGUUUAAAGUCAAAUGGAAGAAUGAAGCGCCAACUAUCCAUAUUGACCACUUGGAUGAACCAACACAUUGUCUAGCAAUCGAGGCAGAUCCUGAUGAUAAGCCCUGGUUCUACGACAUAAAGUCAUUUCUGAAGAAACAACAAUAUCAUGAGGGUAUAUUUAUUACCGAUAAGAAAGCUUUGAGAAGACUUUCCUCCAAGUUUUUCUUAAACGGUGAUGUGUUAUACAAGAGGAAUUAUGAUUCCAUGUUGCUCAGAUGCGCGGAUAGGGACAAAGCAAGCACGAUCAUAAAAUCCAUACAUGAAGGCUGGAAGGGUGUACAUAUGAGAGGUCCUACUAUAGCCAAGAAGGUCCUCGGACUGGGUGUUACUGGACAACGACGAAGGUUGACUGUUACAACUUUGUUAAAAGAUGCCACACAUGUCAAGUAUAUGGUGACAAGAUCUUUGUGCCACCAACUCCGUUGA